AUGCUCCGCCAAGCAUUUGGCCGCCUGGGCACACCUCUGCGCCAGGCUGCUGCCCUGGCGCCCGGUCUCCGGCCGACGCUCACCCCUUCCGGGCCCGUACCCGCCGGGCUCGGCCGCCUCUUCUCCGUGGGACGUGCUCGUCUGAGUGCUCCCCCGGCCCGGUCAUUUGCCUCGACUAGCACUCCCAAAACGCCGGCCAGCGGCCCGGCCGCGCCGGGUGCCGGUGCUUCCACCGUGGCCACCGCCGCCAGUGUCCCCAAACCCCUGGCCACGGCCACGGCCACGGCCACGGCCACGGCGGCUGCUUCGUCCCAGCCCGCGGCGGCCGCUGCCAAGAUGGCCACCAAAAGCCGGAUCCUGGCCUCGCUCCGCACGCCGCGCGGUUUGCUGCGUGCUGGCCUUUUGGUCCUCGGGACCGGGGCCCUCCUGUCGGACUCGGGCCGCUGGUGCGUGCGCGCCAGCCAGCGCUUUGUCCUUGCCUUCGCCCUGACCGUGGCCUCCCUGAGCCGGUACUUGUGGGAGCUGCGCGACGACAAGCAAGACGAAGCGGCCUGGUCCCGGGCGCAUACCUUCGCCGCGACCCUGGUCGCGUGGUACAUCCGGCAGUUCGCCGGGGUUUUCGUCAAGGUGGCCCAGCAUGCUGCUUCCCUGGAGUACCUCCUGCCGGAGGAAAUCACCAGCGCCAUGGUGGAGUUCCAGGAUGCCGCGCCGCGCACCACCCCGGAGGAAGUCAUCCGUGUGCUGGAGACCGAGCUCGGCAUGCCCAUCCAGCAGGCCUUCCAGUCCUUCGAUCUGGAUCCGGUCGGUGCGGCUUCCCUGGCCCAGGUCCACCGGGCGGUUUUGUGGGAUGGUCGCGAGGUGGCCGUAAAGGUCCAGCAUCCGCGCCUCCUCGACGACCUCCCGGUGGACCUGCGCAUUUUGGAACUCUGUUCGACCCUCUUCGACAAGUUCCUCCCUGGCUACAGCCUCCAAUGGCUGCUGAGUGAGAUCCAGCUGAAUUUGCCCCGCGAGCUGGACUUCGUGCAUGAAGCCCUUAAUGCGGACCGCGCUCGCAAGGCCUUCGCCUCGCGUCCGGACUCGAGCGGCCAAUUGUCCGCAGUCCAUGCCACUGGUGAUCCGCGUGUGGGACUAAUUGUUCCGGAAAUCCACUGGUCCAUGACCACCCCUCGCGUGCUGGUGAUGGAGUUUGCCGAGGGCAAGAAGAUGAAGGACACCGCCUUCCUCGAAGCCAAUAACAUCAGCCCCCAGCGCGUGGCGGCGGCCUUCUCACACCUUUUUGGACACAUGGUUUUUGAGGCUGGGCUCCUGCAUGCUGACAUGCACCCGGGAAAUGUCCUGAUCAACCCCCGCCCCAAGCCGGCCGGAGUCGACGCCAUCGGGCCGCAUCUGCCCUGGUGGGCGCGCUCCAUGCGGGCCAUGGGCCUCGGGAGACUGGUCCCGCAGGGGACCACCGACGCGGCCGAGGCGGCCGCCGCGGCCGACCGGGACUUCGACUUGGUGCUCCUGGAUCACGGCUUGUACCGCGAGCUGUCGGAGAACUUCCAGCUGGACUAUUCGCGCCUGUGGCUGGGCAUCCUGGACCAGGAUGAGCUGGCGGUCAAGCGGGCCAGCGCGCGCCUCGGUGCCGGGCCCCAGCUGUACCGGCUCUUUGCCAGCAUCAUCACCGCUCGGCCGUGGGACAUGGUGGUGGGCAACGAGUUCAUCGUCGACGAGGACGGCCGCGUGGUGUACCACGACAACAAGCCGGCGGCUCCCAACUCGCAGCAUGUAUUCAUCGACCGGACAAAUGUGGAGGUCAUUGCCAUCCGCAAAUCCCUUGAAGGGUUUAUCUUGGACAUUUUCUCGAUCAUGCAGCGCAUCCCCCGCGAGCUGAUCAUGGUCAUCAAGUCCAAUGACCUGGUUCGCCAUGUUGUGAUGGACCUCCAGCGUGAUGAUGGCCUUUCGACCAUGCUGCAAAUGACGCGCUUCUGCGCGCAGACCGCCUACCGCCAUGAGUCCUCGCCGCCGGACCUGUCCCUGGCGAUCCCCAAGCCGGAGUCCCUCCUGCCGGCCGGGGUCAGCCCGGCCGAUGCCAAGCUGGAUCUCUUUGGCUUUGGCGGCCGCUUGACCCUCGAGGAAUUGGCCCGGGUGACGGAUCCUUACUUCGACCUGGGCGACUCGGCGGACGACGACACGGACUUUGGCAUUGCCGCCGCCCGGCGUGCGGCUCUCCGCCAGGCCGAGGAGCGCAUUCUUCGCGAAUCGAGCCUCCUCGGGCCAUGGGCUCGUCUCCAACAGCGCCUUUUGAAGCUUCGUCUGGCCGCGUGGGCGCUCGACCGGACAGGCGCCCAAACAGCCGUUGCGUCCCCUUCGCCCGAGGCUGGCCUCGAAGGCGUGGCCGUCUCGCCGGCUGCCCAGGGCAAUGCCACCCCCGAGACGACACUUUCGCUUGCGGCUUAG